AUGAAUACUGCAUCCAUGAAAUCGCGACAACAAAAUGCCAAUGCUGGUUCAUCUGAACAACAAUUCUUCGAGGAAGCAUUUCAUACACCUUCAUCUCCUUGUGUGUAUGCUUUUGAUCUUAAUAUCACUGAUUCAGAUAGCGGUGCUAGUUCUAAUAAACGACCUCCAAGGGUGAAAAAACCAGACAUGAAGAAAAAGAAUGAUGAACAAAUUGCAAAGGUAAUUAAUAUUAAUGCUCAACUUGUUGAGGCAAUGAAUGCAAGUACUGCUGCUACUACAAAAAUGACAGAUACUAUGCUUUACAAGGAAGAAACCAAAAUUUUAUUCAAAGAUUUGAACUCAAUCUCUAACCCGAUGAUGCGUGAAUAUAUUCGCAAUGAGCAAAUUAGAAUUAUGCAAAAGUGA